GAGUGAAGCCCAGCAGAGCACAGAAACAACACCGAGCAGUACUUUUACUGCGUGGAGUCACUGUACUGACUGAUUCUGUGUAACUGAGGCGUUUGGUGUGUAAACUGGUGAAAGUUGGAUGCCUGAGAGGGAAUUAGCAAGUCUGGACUGAACGACAGUGGAAUUUGUGUUCUGGUAACCUGGAGAAGCAGCGUUAUCGGUGUGUGCGUGGACGAGCACCGGUCGACAGGCUGGAUCCGCUGAAUGAAGCUAGAGGAAAGUUGUUCUGAGGCGUUUGGAGCAGUGACUGAAGAGUUGCGUUCAGGGCCAGGUUUUGACAAAUCCUCAUGGGAGCCGUGGAAGGAUUGCAAAUGGGCGGAAAAGCACACUGAACUUCCACAGGUUGUGUCCAGGACGAUGUGUUUUUAAACCCGUGCUGCUGGGAGGUCAAGAGGUGACAUGCCUCUGUGAAACACCACUGGAAACAAAUGCUCUGCUGCCAUGCCUCCGGGGAUGGUGCGUCAUCUUUCAGCAUUGGCAGUCCGAACACUGCUGUCUGUCCUGCUGCUAGCCAUUGGCUGGCCCUUCACCUCAUUACGUAGUGGUGUUGUUCAAGGAUUGCACUCCUCUUCGAGUCUUUAUCCCACCUUUGUCCGGAAUGACACUCUGUUUGAGCACUUGGCCCUGCAUCCUGACCCCAGUGUCAGCCGUGUCUAUGUUGGGGCCCGAGAUCACCUGUUCCAGUUGGAUCGAUUCCUCCAACCUGAACUCCAGGAUGACACUGGACCUGUCACAGACAGCCGGGAGUGCUUACCUCCUGUAACUGAGAGCAACUGCCCUCAGGCUAGGGUCACCAGCAACCACAACAAGCUCCUGCUGGUUGACCCGUAUUCCAUGGAGCUUAUUACCUGCGGGAGUGUCAACCAAGGAAUUUGCCAGAAACGUAGCCUGGAUUCUGUGGAUGUGGUACUUUUUUCUACAGAGAGGCCGGUAGAUACUCAAUACGUAGCAGCUAACCACCCCAACGUUAGCACCGUGGGACUUGUGGUUCGCUCGCAUCCGGACAGACAGCCAGUACUGUUUGUGGGGCGGGGUUACACCAGCAGCCACCCACCUAUUUCCACAAGAAACCUCGCCCAGGAACCCGUCUUUUCUUACGAGGAGACUGCCAAGUUGGCUGUGGCUGGCCGUCUCUCAGAAUAUGACCAUCAUUUUGUAGCGUCGUUCGCCCACCGUCAGCAUGUAUACUUCCUCUUCUAUAGGCGGGACCUAAAGUCACAGUCACGUGAGUACCGCACCUAUGUGUCUCGUGUUUGUUUGGAUGACCAGGCCUAUUACUCCUACGUGGAAGUACCCUUGACAUGCCAGUCCAGGGCAGGAAAAACUUACAACCUCCUGCAAGCUGUCCAGCUUGGCCUCAACAAGGACGGUGUAGUGAGUCCAGCCUCAGAAACUCUUCUUGGUGUCUUCUCCACUCGUUUGGCUUCCUCAACUCAGCCCAGUGAGGACUCAGCCCUCUGCAUGUUUAGUCUGGAAGAUGUGGACCGCAGGAUUAACUCCACCAGAGAUCUGUGCUACACUCAGAUGGGUAAAGAAGCAGGAGCGGAAGCAGCCUACAUUGAGUAUGAAGUCAAAUCCAACUGUGCCAACCUGCCGGAGAACACGCUGGACGCCUAUCCCUGCGGCUCUGACCACACCCCCAGCCCAAUGGCCAGCAGGAUGGCCGUCGAAGCAGAGACGAUACUGGACAGCCCGUCUGCCCGUCUCACUGCGGUAGCUGUCAGUGUGAGGGCGGGACAUACCAUCGCCUUCCUAGGAGACUCCAAGGGGAAUCUGCAUAAGGUGUUCCUGGGGCCCAAUGGAGAGGUGGAGGAGUACUCGGUCAUCUCCAUUCAGCAGAACACAGCUAUCAGCUCAGACCUCAUCCUGGACCAGAAAGAGGAGCACCUCUUCAUCAUGACUCAUAACAUGCUGCAGAAGAGGCCGGUGGCUGAAUGCCAGCAGCACCCAGACUGCCACUCCUGUCUGCUGGCCCACGACCCCUACUGUGGCUGGUGUGUCCUGGAGGGAAGGUGUGUGUUGCAGUCAGAGUGCUCUCGUGGGAAGCAGCCAGGUCAGUGGCUGUGGAGCUUUGAUAUGGAGCAGCAGUGUCUUGCCGUCCAGGACCUCAACCCCUCCAACGUCAGCAGGGAGGAGACCAGGACGGUGUCUCUGUCAGUGCCAGGACUUCCAUUGUUAGAGAAAGAUGAAUCCUACUCCUGCUACUUCCAGGACAGUCACAGUCCUGCCGUUGUCACUGAGAGUGGGGUCACCUGCCAUUCUCCUGACACCAGCCGGGUCCCCACGGUGCCUCCAGGACAGGACUUCGUCACAGUCACCUUGUCUCUUCGCUUUGGCGACGUCACCGUCACAGCGAGGGACUUCACCUUCUACGACUGUACGGCUGUUAAGCAGCUGUCUGGGAGCAUGCCCUGCCGCGGUUGUGUUUUAAGCCGGUGGGGUUGCAACUGGUGUGUUCACCAGCACCUGUGUACCCACAAGCCCACCUGUGAGGAGGGGGUGAUCAUCUACAACCAACAUUUUAAACUCCCCACCUCAGCUCCUCCCACAACCAAACCUAUUAAAGUCAUUACGACACCCACUACCACAACGGCUGCCCUGACAACCACCACCAUGACAACCACCACAACUACGCCAUCAACAACAACAACAACUAUCGCUACAACAACAACCACAACCCCUGUCACUGUAGCAACCACUCAGGAGCCAACCACUACUCCUCCACCCACAACCACCAGCAGCCCUGAGCCAACAACCCCACCCACCACCCUGCUCCCUCAACCUGCUAGUUCCCUGCCAUCCACCACACCAGCACCCACUACACCUCCACCCCCAGAGGCCACCACCAGAAAGGGAGAAGAGAGUGAAGCGGGAGAGCCUGUUGUUAUCACCCAAAGUGACACCAAAGGUGCCGCAGCUACACCCAGUGUCGACACGGGAGCCGGGGAUUUGGAGCCCGUCACCAUGGCUGAUGGUCUAAGUGGAGAUCCGGACCCUGUGAUGCCUUUGCUCAUCCCGCCCCAUGAACCGGACUCCUCCCCCCUGGAGGUGAUGACGGAGCUGCCCCCCAGCGACACCCAGGAAGCUGAAGGAGCUUUAAGCCUGGCAGAGCCUCCCACCCUGGCCUCAUCUGGCUUCCCGCUGCCUACGCCCUUCCCUAUGGGUGAACCAGAUGACUCUGAGCACUCCCUCUACCUGGACCUGACCCAGACUCCCACUGCAGUGCCCGCACAAGACUCCCAGACCGAGGCAGGAAGCCCAGGCACCGACCCUGAGGUUCUCCUCUGGCCAAAAGAACAAAUAGACGUCCACAUUGAGAGUGCCGUCCAGCCAGAGAACGACACGGCCACAUUUUCAGCUGCCACUGUGUUGUCAGGUGAUGGUGAGGUCGACCACGCCCCCCCAUCCUACCCCCACCUGCUGGAUACUGACUCAGAGCUGGACUACCAGUAUGAUCCAGCCGACGCCUUCCUCCCGGGGGACGAGGGCUCCUUUGUCAGCUGGGGCUCCUCAGCUUGUCCCUGUGUGGAGAAGGUCCAGGGUUCAUCGCUGCUCCCUGUCAGAGUGGACAGGAAGAUCACUUUAAUGGCCCACAACCUGCACCUCUAUCAGGACACCGAGCUGGACUAUGAGUGUGUGUUGGUCAUCGAAGGACAGACGGUGGUGGUGGACGCCUACGUGGAGACCGAUGACAUGAAUCCAUCAAACUUUGACAUCACCUGUCAGCUACACCAGUACACAUAUUCUGCUCCAGUGGAGGAAUACAAUGCCAUGGUAUAUGUGAAGAGGAGGGACACCUUCCAUGUGGACAGCUCUCCUGAUCUGUAUGUGACUCUGUACAACUGCUCUGUGGGCCGCUCUGACUGCAGCCGCUGCCAUACAGCUGACCACAAAUAUGGCUGCGUGUGGUGUGGCGGUGCUCACGCCAGCUGCUUGUAUUCAGACUCCUGCAGUGAACCCGUACAGCAGACGUGUCCCGCCCCCGUCAUCCACUCUAUUGAGCCACUCUCGGGCCUGCUGGAAGGCAGCACCAUGGUGACCAUCUCAGGCUCUAACUUAGGCCAGAAGGCUGAAGACAUCCUCCACUCUGUGUCAGUAGCCGGGGUUCCCUGCACUGUCAUCCCCAGCCUCUACGAGGUCUCCUCCAGGAUUGUGUGCAGGACCAAAGCCAGUGGAGGAGAGAAGGUGGACCAUGUGUCUGUUAAAGUGAGCGGGGGAGAGCUUGGCCUGUCCAGCCAGACAUUCAGCUACCAGGACCCAUUUGUGAUGGGAGUGUCUCCUGAGAGGGGGCCCAAAGCUGGAGGAACGUCUCUGAUGAUCACCGGCCGAAACCUGCUGACAGGACGUCCCUCUGACCUCACCAUCACUGUGGGAGGGGUUCCCUGUAACAUUGUGUCAGAGGUGCAGAGCUCCAGUGUUCAGUGUGUGACAGGCAGCAGUAAUAAGACAGGAGAUCACCGGGUCACCCUGCAUUACGGCAGCAGCCAGCGCCACCUCCACACCUCAGCAUACCACUACACCCACAACCCCAACAUCACCCACGCCACACCAGCAAAGAGCUUCCUGGAUGGUGGUCGGCUCAUCUACGUGUCAGGCCACAACCUGGAUGUGGUGCAGGAGCCCCGGAUGGUGGUGACCGUCUCUCCCUUCGAGUCAAUCAGCCAGAGUAAAAGGAGGAAGCGAAGGAGGAGGAAGAGAAGGAGUGGAGAGCAGGGGGAGGGCAGGGAGAAGACUUUGGGUAGGCCAGCGAGGAUGGUCCCUGACCCUGUCUGUCCUGGGGACCCACUCUGUUCUGUCAAACAGUUCACGGAGCGCUGUGAGGUGAACUCCUCUUCCCUGAUCCUGUGUCGCUCGCCUAUGGUGGACUCCUCUGUCUGGGGGUCAAAGGUCACUGUGGAGUUUCUGCUGGACAACCUGCGCUUUGACUUCAGCAGACUGAAUCCCCAGACCUUCAGCUAUGAACCCAACCCCGUCCUGCGGCCCCUGAACCAGCAGGACCCUCCGAAGGCCUACCGCUACAACCCUGGCAGCUUCAUCCAGCUGGAGGGGGAAAACCUGGACCUAGCCAUCACUAAGGACGAGGUGGUAGUGUUGGUCGGGGAGGGGGUGUGUGCUGUUAAGACCCUGACCAGAAACCAUCUGUACUGCGAGCCGCCACCUCAGCAGCCUGCACCGGUAGCCAACGGCAAGAAACGCGAGGGCUCCGAUAAUCUGCCUGAAUUCACCGUCCAAAUGGGAAACCUGAACUUCUCCCUGGGUAAGGUUCAGUAUGACAACCUCAGCCUGUCCACCUUCCCCCUGGAGGCUCAGAUUGGAGUCGGGGUCGGGGCAUCCAUAGUAGCCCUCAUCGUCCUCAUCAUCGUGCUCAUAUACAGGAGGAAGAGUAAGCAGGCCCUGAGAGACUACAAGAAGGUCCAGAUCCAACUGGAGAACCUGGAAACCAGUGUGAGAGACCGCUGCAAGAAAGAGUUCACAGACCUGAUGACGGAGAUGAUGGACAUGUCCAGCGACCUAGUGGGCUCCGGUAUCCCUUUCCUUGACUAUCGGAUGUACGCAGAGCGCAUUUUCUUCCCCGGCCACCGGGAGUCUCCGCUGAGGCGAGACCUGGACGUUCAGGAGUGUCGCCGGCAGACGGUGGAGCAGGGACUGGUGCAGCUGUCCAACCUUCUCAACAGUAAACUCUUCCUCACCAAGUUCAUUCACACUCUGGAGAGCCAGCGGACCUUCUCCCCCAGAGACAGAGCCUACGUGGCCUCCCUGCUGACAGUGGCGCUGCACGGGAAACUGGAGUAUUUCACCGACAUCCUCAAGACGCUCCUCAACGACCUGGUGGAGCAAUAUGUGGCCAAGAACCCCAAACUGAUGCUGCGACGAACAGAGACGGUGGUGGAGAAGCUGCUGACCAACUGGAUGUCCAUCUGCCUCUAUGCUUUCCUCAGGGACUCAGCGGGGGAGUCUCUCUACAUGCUGUUUAGGGCCAUAAAGCACCAGGUAGAUAAAGGACCGGUGGACGCUGUGACCGGCAAGGCCAAGUACACCCUCAAUGACAACCGCCUGCUGCGAGAGGACGUGGAGUACAAGACCCUGACUCUGAAUGUUUUGGUGCAGGGUGGAGGAGUGAACGAGACCCAGCCGCUGCCCUCCAAAGUGCUGGACUGUGAUACCAUCACACAGGUGAAAGAGAAGCUGCUGGAUCAGGUGUACAAGGGCACCUCCUUCUCCCACCGACCCCAUGCCGACUCAUUGGACCUGGAGUGGCGGUCUGGUGUCGCUGGUCAUCUCAUCCUGUCAGAUGAGGACUUGACGUCUGUGGUUCAGGGCAACUGGAAACGCCUCAACACACUGCAGCACUACAAGGUCCCAGACGGUGCUACAGUAGCGCUGGUUCCUCGCCACACCAAACACAUUCACCACGACAACCAUGACUACGUGGCAGGAGAGAAGACUCCAAUGCUGGAGGAUGCAGAUGAAGGUGGAGUGAGACUGUGGCAUCUGGUGAAAGCCAGCGAGGAGCCUGAGCUACCCAAACACCGCAGAGGCAGCCUGAGGGAGAGAGAGAGGGCCAAGGCCAUCCCAGAGAUAUACCUUACCCGCCUGCUGUCCAUGAAGGGGACGUUGCAGAAGUUUGUGGACGAUCUGUUCACAGUGAUCCUCAGUACCAGUCGUCCUGUCCCGUUGGCUGUCAAAUACUUCUUUGACCUGCUGGACGACCAGGCGGGACAACACGGCAUCUCUGACCCAGAGACGAUACACAUUUGGAAGACCAACAGUCUGCCUCUGCGUUUCUGGAUCAAUAUUGUGAAGAACCCUCAGUUUAUCUUUGACGUCCAGGCGUCAGACCACGUGGAUGCAGUGCUCUCUGUCAUCGCCCAGACCUUCAUGGACUCCUGUACCAUCGCAGAGCACAAGCUGGGGCGGGACUCUCCCAUCAACAAGCUGCUGUAUGCCAGAGACAUCCCACGCUACAAACAGAUGGUAGAAAGGUACUAUUCUGACAUCAGGCAGACCAUCUCAGCCAGUGACCAGGAGAUGAACUCUGCUCUGGCUGAACUGUCCAGGAACUACUCUGGAGAGCUGAACUACCUGGUCGCACUGCAUGAGCUGUACAAGUACAUCAACAAAUACUACGACCAGAUCAUCACAGCGCUGGAGGAGGACACCACGGCCCAGAAGAUGCAGCUCGGCUACAGACUGCAGCAGAUCGCGGCCGCGGUGGAGAAUAAAGUCACUGACUUGUGACAGAGGAAACACUCACCAGAGCCAUGGCGAACAGGGUGUGUAGGGAGUUGGAGGUGAAUUAAGAGACUUGCACCCUGCAGGUUGAACUGAAAAGCAGGAGAGCAACAGGCUGACAAAUGGCAAGAUAAUAUAAGCAUCCUUUCAGGAGGAGGGUCUGGAAACAAGGAGCUGCGUGUCUUUGAGAAACUGUGUUCCACACUAAGCAUCAGAAGAUUCAGGUUGGCAUUGAAGUUUGGUGUUGGAUAAGGAUGAUUGGUGACUUCAGUCUGGACGGUCUGAAGCCUUGAGCUCUCUGUAGAAGCAGGACAGCACAUGGACAUCAGACAAACCUGGACAAAGAACUGGGGUGUGUGAAAGACACCAGUCAGGCCUGCUGUCCCUCCGGUAACUUUAUGAAGAGACAUUUGAAGAAGAAUUGGAGUGUUUGAUCCCUCCAGAACAUGUGCUGGACCUCAAACUUUGUGGUCCUGCACAAAGCUCUUGUGUUAGAAAAACCAGCUGGUCCACAGUCACCUGAUCUGAUCUGAUCUGACCUAAACGAAGGGGAAUUUUAUGUCAGUGUUUUCCCUCGGGAGUGAAUUUCAUGAAGCGGUACCUCUUAUGCCUUGUGUGCUUGUCGCUGCUGUACGGUCAGAAGUGAUUUCUUUGUGAGUGUACAGUGAUUUGUGUAUGUGUGUGUGUGUACAGUUAUCCAUACUGCCCUGGUUGUCAAUCUACAUCUUGUAUUUUCAUAUUUCUGGUUUCUGGUACAAAGUAUUGAAGUAACUGGUAAUUGUAUUUUCAAUGUUAAAGUCAGCAGUAUUCAGAAAACGGUGAACUCAGCUUGAAAAUGUUUUUCUCUUAAACAGACACAACAUUGUUUAUAACCCGCUUUACUUAAAGCAAACUGCUGAGAGUUUAAUAAGUCACUGCCACUCUCUACCUCAGCCUGCUGUGCUGCAUCAAACACUCCUCCUUUCUGUGAUGUUGUUGACCCAACACCAACACUGUGUACAAUUCAGCCAGCUACACCUACCAGUACAGCAGCACAGAUCUGCCCUCAUGCACAUUUACAGUAACACCUGCUGGACUUUCUUAUUUGCAGCAGCAUACACACACACAUAGACACACACACAGAUACAGACAACCAUUGCAGACAUUUCUAGUUCAUUGUCAUACAUUAUAUCUUUCCUUUGUGUGAGAUUGGAAAUGCUCUUUGGAGCAUUUUAAGGUACUUAAAGCCCGACUGAGUCACAGUUUACUGUUUUUGUUUCUUGCUUUUAUACUUAUUCAUGUGGAUGUGUCUAUAGUGUACGAGUCACUGGAAAGAUGAUAGAGGAAAAACAAAACUCCUUCCAUAAAGAAACUCAUAUUAGUGAAGUUAGUGGGCACAGCAAUGUUUUAUUGUGUCAGUCUGUCAUAUUUCUAUUUUGUGCAUUUUUAACAUUCCUUUUAGCUUUUGAACGAUGUAAUAAAUCAUGCUUCACCGUGUUCUACUCCAAGCUGAGGUCGUGGUAUGUGUUGAAAUGUUUUGGUAGUGACAUCGUGGUUGGUAUACAGUUCUUGUAUUGAGCACAAGGUGCCACUGCUUCAGGUGCUGAAGGUCUGUACGGCAUUUUGUUUUGUCGAGUCGAUACCGGCUUUGUAUUGAUUAUACUACUAUUGGUUCAGUAGGUAUAGCUGAUCUUGUCACGCUGUUCUGAUUUCAGUUUGAGCACAAAGAUCUUAUAAUACAUGACCUAAUAUUUGCUUUUCUUAUUUAAAUGCCAAAUGACUGAGAUGGCUUCUGGGGGGUUGGUAGGGCUGGGUAUGGUUGGACAUUUGUUGAUGCCGGUCUUGUGUCAAUGCCUUUAAAUAAUGUUUCCUAUAGUACUGCCCUUUGUGGUUGGGGUUGUGACUUCAUUUCGGUUCAUAUUUGGGUUAUGGUUAGGCAACACAGAGAUACCUGGAGGGGACAAGGGGACACCCAAAAAAACCAAUGGUGUCAGUACCAAAAUAAUGAAGUUGUUCAAUACCUUUGCAGAAUAUGUACACAUUUUCUCAAAACUUCUCAAUAUCACAUUAUAUCUUUAGGAAGACAAGAAGACUGAGAAUCUGCCAACUUUGAUGCUGAAUUAUCUGUCAAUACUCAAGUCAGUGCUAUAGACACUGUUUAGUCUGCACUUAAGAAGUAAUAAUAUUUGAUAACCAGCGCUAGUCAUCAGUGACCAAAAAAAGAAGAGGACAGUCAAAAGGACAGGAGGUCUUUUCACUCAGCCCCCCCCCCCCCCCCCCCCCCCCCCCCCCCCAACCACCAGUCUUCAUUACUUACCACACACAAGCAACUAAUGACUCAUAUGAAUGGAUGGUCUAUUCUGUCAUACACUGUCAGAUGGGGAUGAAAGCUCAGUGAUGAUAAAGACAAGCCAUCUGAGGGAAAACUGUAACUGUUAUUAGGCUGUAUAAAUUUGGCAAUGUAGAGCAGGCUCUGCAAGGAGCAGUUUUAAAGAUGUUUCUUAUUUUGUGUUAAUAUCAUUGUACAUACUGAUUUAAAAUGUAACUGUAGUGAUUUAACCUGUUUAAUAAGAGAAGGUGUUACUUCUCACAGAUGCUGGUGUAAUAAAGUAUUCUUA